CUCUGGUUUGACUCAUCUUGCUGCUUUAUGUAAGCGUGAUUAGUUGGAGCCUUCAUUAUCCUCCCUGCAGUCCUCUUCAUCAACAAGAAGCUCUGCUGCAAACAGAGUGGUGGGUUCCCAUGCCCGGAACAGCAAGGGAGAAGUAAACACUGUGAAGAAAAGUCCAGAGCUCAUGAACACCUUGCUCCCUGAAUUAUAAGUGACAUGCUGGCAAAGCUGAACAACUGAUCACCAGACACUGGCAUAGUGUUGAACAUGGCUUCUGAGGCUGCUCAGAAUUUCCUCCAGCCACUGUCUUCUUGGAUGUCUCAAAUAUACGAAGCCAUCCAGCAAGCAGGAGACUCCAUCUCUGCCUCCCUGCUGAAUUUGAGUGGAGCGGGUCGUAAGCCAGAAGAGAGGACACAGGACUUGGAGAAUAAUGGAGGCCUUUAUGAGGAUUAUCCUGCGGGGUCAGAUGAUGAACAAGACCUGGACCUUUGGGACGAGGACUAUUUCUAUCCUAGAGAAGACAGUUUCACUGGAGGCCCUGAUCUUGGCUCUGAUACAGGCUCAAAGAGACAAAAACAGCUUAAAAACUGCACCUCACCAGAGCAGUGUGCUGAAAGCAGCAGGUCCUUGGCAGCCAACGGGUCCAGCUGGAUGGGUGACGAUCUCCAGCCCCUCCAUCAGCUUCCUCCCAUCGCUGAGGAAGAAGGUGAGCCCUGUUUGAGGAUGGGAGGUGAUGAGCACAGCCCCAGCUUGGGGGGCUCCUUAAACACUGCUAAUGGCACGGCAGGCUGUGCAGAUCUGGAUGGACUAAGCCAACUGAGUUACCAAGACAACAUCUCCUGUCAUGAGGAUGACCACGGAUCUGUUGAUUCAAGAACAACAACCAGGAGUGAGGGCACUGGGCAGCACAAAGGGCCCAGGAUGGAGCCCAGAACUGGGGAUGGUGACAGCCAGUCACACAGGGAAGGGCGUCUGGAAAUGGAGACAGCGUUUGCCAGCCAGGGAUUGGAAGUAAAUGAUGCCACAGACAGCUCAUCAGCUUGGAGCCCUGAGGAGCACAAUGAGGUGAACAGUGUGCCAGCUCAUCACGGUGCCCACGAGCCCAUCUGCAAAUGUGGUGACCUGGAUGUCAUCUUCACCUAUAAAUCCUCCAGUCAGAAGCUAAUAGCCACGGUCCUGGAGGCCAGGGACAUCCCAGACAAGGAGCGCAGUGGAGUCAACGCCUGGCAAGUGCACGCGGUUCUGAUGCCGGGCAAGAAACAGAGGGGCAAGACGAGCGUGCAGAGAGGACCCAUCCCCUCCUUCCAGGACAAAAUCACCUUCAGCAGGCUGGAGCCCCAGGAGCUGAGCAGCCAGGCCGUCCGCUUCCGCCUCUACGCCGUGCACGGGGUGCUUGGGGAGAGGAUGAUGGGGGAGCAGCUCUUCUACCUGAGCAGCAUCAGCCAGGACGGGGACGUGAAGGUGACACUGCUCCUGGAGCCCAGGAGUAACCUGAGCAGUGCAGAUUCUCAGCUGAGUCUGUCAGCAAUCUCUCGCAGUGAUAGCGCUUCCUCAACACAGUCCCUGUCGCAUGGAGGGGUGCCAGAGCUGCUCGUGGGACUGUCAUACAAUGCCACCACAGGCAGGCUGGCAGUGGAGAUGAUCAAAGGCAGUCAUUUCCGAAACCUUGCAAUUAAUAGGCCACCUGACACCUACGGGAAGCUCUGCCUGCGCAACUCGGUGGGUCAGGAGAUGUCUCGCUGCAAGACCUCCAUCCGCCGGGGACAGCCCAACCCCGUCUACAAGGAAACCUUCAUCUUCCAGGUGGCCCUCUUCCAGCUGUCUGACGUCACCCUGCUGAUCUCCAUCUACAACAGGCGCAGCAUGAAGCGCAAGGAGAUGGUGGGCUGGAUCUCCAUGGGCCAGAGCAGCAGCGGGGAGGAGGAGCAGAGCCACUGGCAGGAGAUGAAGGACUCGCAGGGGACACAGGUCUGCAGGUGGCACACCCUGCUGGAGUCCUAGGGGUGGCCAGGGACAAAGGGCUGCUCUCCCCUUGUUCUCUGCCAGCAGAAAACAGCCCUGGCCGAGCACACGGCUUUAACCUGCCUGCUCCGUGCCAUGGGUAUCGAAGGUGGCAAGAACUGAGAAGCAAGUUUAGUUCUUGCCAUUUUCUACAUCCACAUAACCCUAGUGAGAAGCAGUGGGAAUACCUGUAAAACCCUUUCCUUGGCCAUUGUCUUGCUCAUUUUUCUACAGGAUUAAUCAGCACGGACUGAUUCUGAUGCGAUGCUGUUUUCUUCUGGGGUGAACUCUCACUUCCCUCUCUUCCCUUAUUUAUAUUAAUGAAGUUUGCAAAUAUUCUUGCCACGCAGAUAGCUCACAGAAAAGCUAACCUGCAUGCAGAUCACAUCCUCUCCCUUUUAUUAUCGUGUU